UCGUCGAGAGAGGGCAUCAGCAACGCGGUUGCUUUUGUCGGGGGUAUGACAAAUGGUGAAUGUGAACUGGGCAAGGAAGUCGAGUCAUCGAGCUUAGUGUAGGGUGAUGUCUUUCUUGGUGAGGAUGAAAGAAACGAUGGUGUUGUCAGUGCGGAUGGUGAAGUAUUUUGUCGAGCUACGGGCGCCAGACUGUGAGGGAGUGAAUCACGACGAGGAGUUCCUUCUUAUUGGAGGGGUAAUUCAUCUCCGCGGGAAGAAGCUUCUUGCUUGCGAAGGCGAUGGGUUACUCGCCGGGUGGAACCUCGGGGUGAGUGGGCGAGUCCUUGAUGGAGGGGAUCUCGACGGUGUCGCGGGGGAAAUGUUGGGACAGCACGACUCCAAUGGCGAAGUCGGAGGCAUCAAUGGUGACAUAGAAAUGACGAGUGGGGUCGGCGAUCUUGAGGACAGGGGCCGUGGUGAUGGUUUGCUUGAGGAAGUCGAAAGCGUGUUGGCGGCGAUUGUUCCAAUUCAAGGGCUUGUCCUUGUGUGUGAGUUCGUGGAGAGGGUAAGAGAUCUCGAAAAAGUUGUGAAUGAACGGGCGGUAAUAGUUGGCAAGGCAGAGAAAGGAACGACGUUGGAGGAGGGUCUUGGGUGGGGGGUACUCGACGAGGGCUGUGACCUUCGAGGGGUCCAUAGGGAUGCCUUCAGCAGAGAUAAUGUGGCCAAGGAUCGAGAGGACUUGGUGAAUGUGCUGAAGGUGAGACUCGAAGGUGGGGCUAAAGAUGAGGAUGUCAUCAAGGUAAACGGCGACACAGACUUCGAGGAGGUGACGGAAGAUGCGGUUCAUGCUGGACUGGAAUGUGGCGGGGGCAUUGGUGAGUCCGAAAGGCAUUACAAGGAACUCGUAGUGCCCGAACCGAGAGCGAAAUGUGGUAUUGUGGGUGUCCUUCUCACGAAUACGGAUCUGGUGGAAGCCACUGCAGAGGUCGAUUUUGGUGAAAUAUUUGGCUCCACGGAGGCGAUCAAGAAAUUCAGAUAUCCAGGGGAGUGGGUACUUGUUCUUGAUCGUGAUCCGGUUCAAGGCUCGGUAGUCUGUGCACAUGCGGAUUCGCGAUGGAUAUCCGCCACGGAGUCGUCGCGGAAAGAGCUCAUGCUAAGGCUUGAAGCACCUUCGGCCAUUGAAGAGGACGAAGGCGAGGUGGCGGAGGAAGAUGGCACAGUGGAGGUGGUAGCAGCGGAUGCGAUAGCGGCAGCGGCAGCGGCAGCGGCGGCGGCGCAUCGGGAGGUCUUGGUUUGGCGUGGUGGCAUCUGGAGAAAGGGGGGACAAUUCCUAUUUACAAGAGUAGAGCGUCAUCAAGUGAUUUAGCAAUAAAGGUAGCAGAGAAUCGCAGAGCAAAAAUUAAUUUUGAAUAAAUUAAUUUGAAUUUA